GAUACAUCAUACAUGCAUGGUAUAUAUUCAGUUGAUAUACAAAACAUCUAAAAGAGGAGAAACACUAGAGUUCUUAUUACGAACUUUCUUACAAUUUAAUUACGUUGUAUGAUUGGUAUGAGAAUAUCUGCAAUAAUGUGCAACCAAACGUGGCCAUUGUUACAUAUUAGGAAUCAUCGGCAACCACCGCAAAUGGAUAAGGUUGUGGUGGUGAUGGGAGCCACCGGCGCCGGAAAAUCAAGACUCUCAGUCGACCUAGCCACUCAUUUCAAAGGAGAAAUUGUCAACUCCGACAAAAUACAAGUGUACAAAGGACUUGACAUUGCAACAAACAAAAUUACCGAAGAAGAACGUUGUGGGAUACCUCACCAUCUACUAGGUGUUAUUGAUCCUCACAAUGAGUUUACGGCCAACAACUUUUGUAACAUGGCUUCACUUGCUAUCGACUCCAUAACCGACUGUGGAAAGCUCCCCAUCAUCGCCGGAGGAUCCAAUUCGUUCAUCGAGGCACUCGUUUAUGAUAAAAUUUACGAGUUAUCUACAAGGUACGACUUUUGUUUCCUUUGGGUCGACGUGUCCAUGCACGUACUAAAUUCUUAUUUGUCUGAACGAGUGGACAAAAUGGUGGAGAAAGGAAUGGUCAACGAGGUAAGAAACAUGUUCAAUCCAAGGAAUCAAGAUUACUCAAGAGGCAUUCGAAAAGCAAUUGGUGUCCCAGAAUUCGAUCGUUAUUUCCGGGCUGAAUUGUCGAAGUCCGUCGACGCGGAGACACGUGUUAAGCUACUUGAAGAAGCCAUUAACGAAGUCAAGAUUAACAACUGUAAAUUAGCAAGCCAGCAGUUAGAGAAGAUAAAUCGUUUGACAAAUGUUAAGGGAUGGAAUGUACAUCGACUGGAUGCAACAGAAAUCACGUUGAAAAAACGAGGAAAUGAGGAGGAGAAAGAGGUGGCAGAAGAAUUAUGGAAGAAUUUGGUGGUGGGACAGAGCAAAAACAUUGUCACUAAAUUCUUGCGUGAAAAUUAUAGGAAUUGUAAUGAUGGGACAGACAUUAACAGAGAUACUUUGGAUAUGACAGAAGCAUCUUACCGUUAGGGUUUUGGCUUAAUUUUCUUAUCAUAUUUGAAUUUUACCUUUUCUUGAAGGAAGUGCAAAUUAAAGAGUUUACCAUAAUUGAUUUUACUUUUUCCAAAUGGAGAAUAUAAUUCUCUUUCAUA